GAGGUCGAACAUUGAGACAAUGGACUCAUUGACCCAGAUGGUGAAUAUGUCCUCAGCAUCCAAUGAAGCAGUGAGGUAUCCGGCAUGGAACUGGCGGGAUUGGAAAGGGUUUUUGUCCCGACUGUUUUGUCCUGUACCAGCGAUAAGACAAUAUCAGUACUUCCGCAUGACGACGGAAGAGCCAGGUGUGGUCACAAUGCGCACGAGAGUCGGAUGUCCAGAGGUCAAGGUUACAGUGACUAUGGAUGGCGUCCAUAUUCCAUACCAACAACCGCAUAUUGUAGAGGCCAAAGGACUCAGCCGAAACAGACAGGAGUACUUGUACAAAGUUGUCAGGCCAUAUCUCAGCGAUGCUAACAAGGAUGCUACUUGCCCUUGCCCAGAAACAUCACUAUAGUUAUGUCGUCGCAUCUAUCGCAUCUACGGCGAAAGAUUACACACAUUAUAAUGUCAA